CUACGAUAUUAGCAUACAUCAAUAGCAGACAAUCCAACACUAACCGCCCACUUCUCAUAGGCGGGAACAUCCCCUCCCAUGGCUCCCAACAUCAUAGGAAUGGCGGUUCAAUAUCCUCUUUGUUUCUUUGUAAAGGUUUCGACUUUCUCUUAUAAGUUUUCAAAACUGUAAACCCUAAUCAGAAACUCAUCUUCCAAUUCUGGCUCUUAAUUGCUGCGAAAAUGUCCGACAUCCCUUCUCAACUCUACUGUCAAAUACUCAUUCACCUGCCAGCGGAUUCCCUUUUCCGAUUCAGAAGUGUUUGCAAGGAAUGGUGCAGCCUCAUUGAUGACCCAUCUUUCGUCAAAGCCCACACACAAAAUCAAAUCUCCUCAAGCACUCUUCUCAUAAAAAGAGGCUCUGGUUCACCACCGUUUUAUCUCAUAAAUUUUGACUCGCUAGAAUUCACGGAUGACUUACACGGUGACGGCCAGAUGAUUGAAGCAAUUCCCGUGAAGCAAUUGGUUCGCCUUGAUGUGCCUCGCAUACGGAGCCUUCCUGUGAAUUCCUGCAAUGGUUUGGUUCUUAUUUCUACUUAUGACAUGGACAAGAUUUGGGCGGUUUGGAACCCGUUAACUCGAGACUGCCAUCAGUUGCCCCUACCCGAUUGUUCUACUUUUUUCUUUGCUGCUGCAGGUUUAGGGUAUGAUCAUGCUUCUGAUGACUACAAAGUUGUGAGGCUAGACACAAUUUCCCGUGAUGAAAAAUAUCUUUGCAGAACUCUUCUUUACAGUUUAAAGUUGGGUUCUUGGAAGAGAAUUAUGGAUUGUCCAUUUGAUUUUUUCACUAUCCCUAAUCAUGUUAAUGGAGUUUCUGUGAAUGGGAAAUUGCAUUGGUAUGUAUGUCGAAGUAUUAUCACUCUAGAUCUUGUUACUGAAGAAUAUAGCCGCGCCCCUCUUCCCCCUGUACCCUCCAAAGGGAUAAUGGAUAUGUAUUUGGAUGCUAUUAGUGGGUUAUUAUUUUUGAGUUAUAGUUACUUCACAAGCUCGGGGUGUCAUUUUGAUGGAUGGGUGUUGCAAGAAUAUGAAGUAGAAACACCUUGGAAGAAAUUGCUCUCAUUUGACCUUUACUCCUUUUCAUCACCCAAACUUGUUUCUUAUAUGAAGAACAAAAAGCAGGUUAUCCUACAACGUGAAGGUGGUUUUAUUUGGGUUGAUAUUGAGAGCAAUUCAGUGAAGCAGAUCAGAGUUGAUGGCCUCUCGGGCAUUUCUUCUCAAGUUUGUCCUGGAAGCCUCUACCGCCUCGACGACCGUGGCAGUAACAGUAAACCUGUUUCAACUUCAACAGGUGUGAAGAGGAAGAGAAAACAGAUAAAAAAGAGGACUAUUACAAGGUUGAAGAUCCAUAUAAGAAAUGAAAGUUACAGGAGUCCAGAACCUAGUUAUGAUUCUUCCCUCGGUUCGUACGAGGAGGCUGAUGAGUAUUGAGCAGUCUUUCUACCAUUCUUAUUUUAGAUGGAACAUAUGGAUGACUUUGCAAAUGAGUCUGAUUUUGCUAACUUUGAAAACUUUCAGCCUUUAAAUUAAUGCG